GUCGCCGCGUUCUUGGAAUUUGGGUGUUAUGUUGUUUUGUCUUCUGUAAUUAAGUUUUUACAGGUUUUUACAGCCUUAACAAUUAAUGUAUUUGAUAUUCCAGCCUAAUUCAAUUAGAAAUACACAAUUCUACAGUGGAAUUUUCAUUCUAAGUUUAAAAUAUAAACGUAAGAAUGUCUGAGGUUGAAGAUUACAGCCAACAAAAGCCGGGCAAAACGAGCAAGCAGCAUAAUGUGUUACCGUUGUGGGGUAAUGAACAAACCAUGAAUUUGAAUCCUUUAAUAUUAGCAAAUAUCCAAGGUUCUAGCUACUUCAAAGUGCAUCUGUUCAAAUUGAAGACAUACCAUGAGGUCGUGGACGAGAUCUACUACCAGGUGAAGCACCUGGAACCCUGGGAGCGCGGCAGCCGCAAGACCGCGGGACAGACGGGCAUGUGUGGCGGCGUAAGAGGAGUAGGUGCUGGAGGUAUUGUGUCCACAGCAUUCUGUCUGUUGUACAAGCUCUACACGCUGAGGCUCACACGGAAACAGGUUAAUGGCCUGCUACAGCACACAGACUCACCCUACAUAAGGGCACUUGGAUUCAUGUAUAUUCGUUACACUCAGCCUCCAGCUGAUCUGUUUGACUGGUAUGAAGAGUAUCUUGAUGAUGAGGAGGAGGUUGACCCUCGUGCCGGGGGAGGAGGCACCACAACAAUAGGGGCAUUGGUCAGGCAGAUGCUGAUCAAGCUUGACUGGUUCAGUACACUCUUUCCAAGGAUUCCAGUGCCUAUACAAAAGCAAAUUGAACAGAGGUUGGCAGAGCACAAUAGACAGAGUAAUGCAGCAAAGCCAGCAGCAAACUACAACAGAGGUGGUGGUGGUGGUGGUGCAGUUGGUGGUGGAGGCGGCGGCGGCAACGUCAGCAACUAUAACCCGUCGCGCGCCGAGAACGACAGACGCGACCAUGACGACCGCGACCGACGAGACUAUGGGGAAGUUGAUAGAUAUUCAAAAGACAGACAGCGCGAACCGCGCCGCGACGACAGAGACAGAGAUCGCGAGCGGGAAAGAGAACGCGAGAGGGAUCGCGACCGAGAGCGCGAACGGGACAGACGCGACCGCCACCGCUCCCGCUCCAGAGACCGUCACCGCGAACGGUCGCGCGACAGGCCGCGACACAGGUCGCGCUCCAGAGACCGCCGCUACAGAUGAAAGACUGUCUCCCAUAUUGUUUACAAUUUGUGUAUUUGACAAAUGAUUAAAAAUAAUGUUUUGA